AAAUGCUAGUAGUUGGGACAAACUUUGCAAAGAGCUUUGGAUCUGAGACAGAAGGAGUAAAUUCAUGAUAAAGAGAGAAUCAGAGAGCAAUGGCUGAAUCUCCAUCACGGCAUCUUGGAUUUGGCAAUUCUGGGAAGAGUUUUCUUAUUGAUAAUUUGCUUCGUUCUGACAACAAAUCACCCUCUGCCCAAGUCAUACCUACUGCCAGCCAGAAAAGAUGCCUUUCUACACUGGUGUGUGGGCCACUGGGACUGGCUCCUAAACGUUCCUGGGUGCCUUCACGCGCUCAGCCAAGUAACACUCCUCAAGAAAUGGAGAGAGGGACACUCAAGACACAUUCAGCAGUUUUGGGCAGUGUGCUGCUGUGUGCUUCUCCUCUCGUUCAUCCGUGUUAUGGUGGCUCCAGUCCACUUACGUGUUCUCCUCCUCUCCUCUGCAAAGGGACAAGCCCCACAGUAUGGAGUUCAGGCCCAUGCCCUAAACAACACAGAGGGAUCCUGAGGAGAGCUGUGUUCUCUGAGCAGCAGAGGAGAGAACUUGAGAAAAUGUUCCGCAGACAGAAAUAUAUCAGCAAGACAGAUCGAAACCGACUGGCCACAGAACUCUGUCUGAAGGAAACACAGGUAAAAAUCUGGUUUCAGAACCGCAGAAUGAAGUGGAGGAACUCAAAGGAGAGAGAAAGCCUGAGCUCACGGCCAGCUAUGGAAGAGCUCCUACUUAGGAGCAUCCCAGAAAAAGGAGAAAUAGAGCAUUCACAAACCUUCUCCAGUGGGGGGCGCCACACAUCCCAAACACCUGAAAAACACUUGAAAGCUCACACACAUCUUGCUUCAAACAAUAUUCAGAGAUAAGAGGUGUACACUUCAGUCAAAAGUUUUUGAACACUUGGAGUUUCAUUAGAGCCUUUUUAUUGUUAGUACCACACAGAAAAAGGUACAGAACCAGAAUGUAAUAAAUAUAAAAUUAAAUAAGUGCUACACUACAUUAUUCAAUGACUAAUUUAGCUCACAUAUACAAAUUUCAGUGCUGCAUGACUAAUACAAUGCUACAAGUACAUGAUAUUAAUGAUCAAGGUAUCAGUUGUUUCCAUUAAAAUAAAUCCUUAUUGAAAUUUUCUUUUUUUUCUUUUUUUUUAAUUCAUCCGAAAAACCAAUAAGGGUAAGUUAAAGCUGCUUUUUUUUUUUACCUAACAUCUGAACAUCUGUGUUUUUAAUUUUUUUUAUAUAUAUUGCCUGUUGUAUAUAAUUGUAUAAAUCUGCAUAUUAUUUACAAACUUGUUCAAUUAACUUACAAAUUAACUGAAAAAUCAAUUUUAAUUAUUUUGUUACUAUGGACAAUGUAAAUAGAAAAUGCUAAUGUGCUCACAGUGCUUUCCUACAAAACAUAUGAAUUCAAUACAGCAUUUUGAAUUAAACUCAUAAAACUUA